UCUUUGAUGUUUGCACUUUGCAAGGUUUUUUUUUUUUUAAAACAAUAGAAAGUAAAUUUCCAGAGAAAAAGAGGAAGACCAUUUCCCAGAUUCUCUCUCCUCAUUUCUUCUCCUGGCAUUGCUGCUCCUUCGUCAAUCUUUCAUUAACUCUUCGGCGACUCAUGGCUUCUACAUUCCGUGCAUUUUUGAACAGCCCUAUUGGCCCUAAAACAACUCAUUUCUGGGGGCCUGUUGCAAAUUGGGGAUUUGUUGUCGCUGGGCUUGUGGACAUGAAUAAACCCCCUGAAAAGAUAUCAGGCAACAUGACUUCAGCAAUGUGUGUUUACUCUGCAUUAUUCAUGAGGUUUGCAUGGAUGGUACAGCCUCGCAACUAUCUACUCCUGGCAUGCCAUGCUUCAAAUGAAACUGUGCAGCUAUACCAACUUUCCAGAUGGGCAAGGGCUAAUAGGUACUUGUCAUCAAAAAAAGAGGAAAGCACUGAACUGUGAUUUCGCCUUUUCACUAGGGUGCUGAUCUUCAUAUUUAUUUAAUGGCAUCUUGUUUGAGCGAUAUAAACAUUUGAUUGUAUACUACCUAAACACAAAUUGUUGGUGAUUGCUCCAGAAAUGUCUCAAUUUUUCCAAAAUUAUUAUGUUAAAUCUUUCACAUGGUUUGCUACUCUUUCUGGAUGGAAACAUGAUGUUACAAUAUAACUCUUGCAACAAUACAAUCAGUCUAUCACCUUUAAUAAAAAAGGUCAUGUACUAGUUUAUUA